AUGGCGGGGGGAGGCGUCUUACCAAGUGCUGUGUGCGACAGCCGCGUGCCGUGGGCAGAGCUCCGCCAGGAGCGAGCCCGGCUCUGCCAUGCCCCGGCCCUUCACGGCGUUGAUAAACAUUUUUUCUCACUUUUUUUUUUCUUUCCUCUGAAGCUGGAGAAUAAAACGAAAGGGAAGCUUCAAAGGCAGAUUUGUCAAGUUGUUCUGGACCAUUUUGAGAAGCAGUACACAGAGGAACUGGGAGAUGCAUGGGCCAGAGUCAGGGAUGUACUCACACACCCCCAGUGCUGGCAGUACGCUGUUCUUCUUAACAAAUUCAGUGGGUCCUUGGAGCUGGAGAGCACUUUGUGUUUGAAGGGGUAUCACCCUCUCUUUCAAGACACUUUGCCUUAUCUGCCGGGCUCCCUGAAGUGCUACAUCAGCAGAGCUCCUGGGAGAUUCCCAGCACAGAAACACCAGCCUGGUAAACUGAAAGCCUAUUACCUGCUGAAUGCAGCCUCACUCUUGCCAGUGCUGGCGCUGGAGGUGAAGGAUGGGGAAGAGGUUCUGGAUGUGUGUGCUGCGCCAGGGGGUAAAGCAGUAGCUGUGCUGCAGUGUGCCUAUCCAGGUCAGUUUCACUGUAAUGAGUAUGAUGGUUUGAGAUCAAGAUGGUUGAAACAGACACUAGAAUCCUUCAUCCCAGCCCCUUUGAUCAACUCGAUAACUGUUUCUAACCUGGAUGGCAGACAGAUUGGAGAUCUCAAUCCCGAAUUAUAUGACAAGAUACUGGUGGAUGCUCCGUGUUCAAAUGACAGAAGCUGGUUGUUCUCUUCUGAUAUUCAUCAAGCUACACUUAGGCUACUGCAAAGGAAAGAGUUAUCUUCUCUACAAUUGCAGCUGCUAAGGUCUGCUGUUAAAGCGUUGYGUCCUGGUGGAUCACUGGUCUAUUCCACAUGCACUUUCUCAAAGGCAGAAAACAGCGAUGUGAUAAAUCUCAUUCUAAACUCAUGCAGUAAUCUUCUGCCUGUAGAUAUAAGUGAUAUGGGCAAAGCUGUUUCCCAGGAAUUCACACUUCUCAGUGGUACACAACAGCAUGAACUUCUGGUUCUCCCAGAGAAGGGGAAAGCAUGGGGUCCAAUGUAUGUAGCUAAAUUAAAGAAAAUAAUGUAAUCCAUAUGAUGCUUUUUAGUUUAUU